CCCUUUCAAACGCAACGAACGCGGGCAGUUCCGACAGCUAUUUUUUCAUCAAUCCAAUCCUCGCUGCAUGACCGAAAUGGCACGUAAGUCGUCACCUCUUCACCUCUACUCACAGUCCGAAACGUUUUAGCACACACACCCAAAAACGCACACCACAUACACACACACCAUCGGCCAACACCAACGCCUGCAGCGGAUUCGCCUGCUCCCUCACUCUAGCGACUUGCUGAAGCCUCGCACCCACGACCGAAAGGAGGGCAGCAGACCGUGACCUUGGUCCACCAUCAAACACGCAGAAAUGCCAUCACCACGGAGGGGGUGCGCAAAUGGCAUUUGUUUGUAUGGAAUCUUACCGAGUGAUGAGACGGAGAAGUAUUGUGAUUUGGGAAUGAGGAAGAGGGUGGCCAGCCACGAGAGGGAGGCGAUCUGGACGAGCCACACCCCGUUACUCAUGAUCUUGUGGCGCAGGUAGGGCGCGAAGAUGGACGUCACGAUAAACAACAGCGGAAAGGCCAAAAAGUACAGGCUUGAAGCAAUAGUGUACGUACGCAAAAAGCUGCACAACACGGUAAAGCAAGGAAACGGAUGGGCUCAACGCUUGGGCGUUUGGCCUCUUCUUUUGUCUGGUUACGCCUGUAGACGCGAUGCAGGUGAGGCAAGGUAUGUGUUCGAGCAGGCGACGAGGAAGAUCGCGUAGAGAGCUAUCCGAAUGCACACUAUUGUCCAGCCUAUCGCGCCCUCGUUCUGAUGUGGUGGCGCAAUCAACAGACAACACACAAUGCCUCCGUCCGUUGGGAUCCCUCCAUCCUCCCCAUGUGUAUACGCACGCUGUGAAAUUUGAAGCGCGAGUCGUCGGCCAUGUGGUUCCCGAUCGCCACGAGCACAAGAUGACCCACACAAACCUGAGGGAUGGCACAAGGAGACAGAGUACACUUUCUGGAGUCUCUGGGAGACAGUUCCCUUGACCCCUGUGACCGUGGCGACGACUGGCAGGGCUGGAGCAGAGCCAACCCGUACCUGAUGCAUUCAUGAGGCCAGACAUGCACACACGUAAGGCGCACAGGAAUCCAUCUCACCUUAGCGAGAUCCCCUGAACAAAAGACACACAUCAAACAUGACAUUUCAAAGCAUCGCUGACGCCUGCCGCAAUCUUAAGUGACCUGUCCUGAGAGUGUAUCCGAGAGCUAUCAACAGGAGAAUGGUCGUAACUAGCAUCUGCAAUUGGAGCACCGAUGUCACGAGACCAUGACGAAAUGGGCGCUUCCCCUGCUGCCUUCCUUACAAUUACCUGGCUGAGCAUUGACAGGACCUCAGAAAGGACGUCACAUAAUGUCAGGCCUGUCCCAUUGUGUGCAUAAAAGAACAGAUGAGUCAUGUUGAGGAGGGAACCGGCCUGUUUGACACAUAGAUACACAAAGCCGCUCUCUGUAUUGCACACUGCCCCAUCGGCCUCUCGUCUCCACCCACAUACUCACAGCCGAGGAAAGGAUCGCCACGUUGAGCACUGUCGGCGAAGGCAUUCACGAAUCGACACAAGACACGCGUCCAUGAACCCAGUACCUGUGACUGCCUAUCGUGUACCCUGGAUGAUGGGAUGCAGUGGCUGGGUGCGCAUGAGCUCCAAUUCCCUCUUCAGGAACACCAGCAUCAUCACAAUGUAGCUCAGUGCCUGCAUGGCUGCGGCGAAGCGAGUCCCCAGCAGCUCAUAUGAGAAUUGGGACCCGUCUUCCUGCAGCAUGACCGACUCAAACAUGACGGGGAAGGGCCCACUCGUGGGCCCGAGCAGCUCUUGGCAGUCGCUGAAGGCGAAGUACCACACGUGGGGCCGAAUCGACUGGUGGAGGACACCUAAGACGGCACGCAAGUGUGGGAACAACCACUUGUAUCCACAAAUGCUCUGUCCUGCCGUCCAUUUCAUAGCGCUACCUGUGACCCUGUGCAUGCGUCGGCGCCAUCGAUCGGCAAGCACAUGAGGAGUAAUAUCCAAAGCAAUAAGUCGCGCGCGUAGCUGUAUGCACCUGAUGCGGGCUUCUCCUAGGACUUACCAGGGCGACCACUCAUUGUCCUUUUGCACGAUGACCUGCCGAGUGGUCAUGACCUUCUUGCUCCGCUCGCAGGCAGGCAGACGGUCUACCUCGAUCCAAUGGUUGUCUGCAGGAGGAGCAAGGCACCAUAGUCACGUCACCACCUGUCCGUCUGUGGGGCCCACCGAGGAAUAUGAGCAGCGGAAGGGUGACGUUCUUCUCCAGCGCAGGCGAGUUUGUGUGCGUGCCGAGCCUGUCAACCGAAUACACCGAAGCUCCCCUCCUGAAGCAGGUUGCAUGUUCUGCUCUGCCCACUUGAUUCGGUACUUGAAGCUUCCAUUGCCGAUCUUAAAUGCGAACUGAAUGCAAGAGAAGAAGUAAUUCCAUGAAAGAGUGUUCCCGAGGCGGGGCCUUCCCCUGCUCGAUCAGACCUUGGAGAGAUACACGAACCUCUUAUCGGGGGCCAUCCACCUGUGAAAAGACAGCGCACAUAUUGCUUCAUCUGGAGUGGUUUCACAUACCUCGUGUCCUUGACCACCUUCCCCUCCGCGAAUCCGCUGAGCAGAAAGCUCGUGAAGACAACAAAGCGCCAAACCUGCAUGUCUGCAUCGAAAGUCAGCUCUUCAGGUCUUCCAUCAACCGGGGGAAGCGGAAG